AUGGCGUGGUAUUCUCUUUUGCCAGAUUAUCUGGCCUUCUGGGAGACAUGGAUUGUUAGGGUUUUCAUCUUCCUCGGCACCCUUACAAUUGGCCCAUGGGCUGCUCUCGUCGUUUUCGACCUGAUAUAUUACUUGGUUCGCAUUGUUGUACAUGAAAUACCCCUUGUUGGCGGUCGAUACCAGGGCUGGCGAAAGCCACAAGCCCCGAACUUGACAAACCGGCCCAGUGGACGCCGGAGGACGUUUAGUUUACGGGGGGAAGCAGCUGGAGAAGAUUUCACAAGACGGGAAAGCUUUCGUUUCCGCCUUUGCUUUGUUCUCUUGCUUGUCUGGCCUCUCUCAACUCCCACCACCAUGGCGACCACCACCGAGGAAUUCCCAGAGUCUCCUCUGGAGCUUCUCCACAUGAUCCUCGAUUCUUUCCAGGCGACCAUUGACAACUUUUGGGAAAAUGUAGACCUGCUCAAGACCAAAGCGCUCGAGAUGGAUCAAACGCAGAUGGCCAUUUUCGCCGCACUGCUGGCUAUUUUUCUGACGCAGGCCUGGUCGAAGAUUGUAUCUCUCUCUCUCUCUCUUUUUAGCAAAAUUAGAGUCUCGAAAAAGGCUCGCUAUCUCGACUCGCCUGGGUUUCCGGUGCCAGCUCGCCUUGAGGACUUUAACUUGGCGACGGCGGAACCGUUGCAAUUGAGGCCAUUCAAACCAAAAUACCACCUUACUAUGGCCCUCGAAACCCUCAACCCCGACGAACUCAUCCCCAUGGACAAAACAUACAAAGAACGUGUGCAAUACCGCCGCAAAAUCCUCAAAGAACACCCAGACAUUGUCGUUGCCAUGCACGACGAAUCCGACAAACGCAUCGUCGCCGCCGUGAGCGAUUUUUACCGAUACAUCAUGUCCACGUAUCUGCCCGUGCGCUAUCCUACCCUUUUUCGUUUGCACGAGACUGCAUUUGAGACUGGGAAAGCGUAUAUGCUCGAGAAUCUCGUCAUGAAGGAGUUGUAUCCGUCUGAAGUCACGCGAUUGAAUUCACCGAAACGCGCGCUGGAGAUUUUGUGCAAGACUGUGGAUGAGGAUUUUCUCAUUUUGCUCCCUGAGCAUGAAGAAGAAGAUGGCAAAGAAGGCAAAGAUGCAAAAUACAAACUCGUCGCAUACGAAACAUGCUACCCAGCCGGCUUCAACCCUCGCAAGAAACUCGGGAAACGGCUUGCUCAGAUCCAUGCGCCUGUUCCGGGGUAUCAGGAGAAACUGGAGCGCAGUAUGGAUCGGUAUUUUGAUGGGUUGGAAGCGAAUAAAUAUGUCAAGCGGGCCAACUGGAGUAUUUCGACAAAUACAGAAUUGUUUGCUGCCUUUGGCGGCUUGCACAGCACUGGGGAACAGGCCAAAGAUGAGGAAAAGAUUAAAGAGGGGGAGUUGGAUAUUGACUCUACACUUCUCCGCUGCGAGCGCCAGACCCUGCAUCGUCUGCCCAAUUCCAAAGCAAUCGUUUUUGGUUUCCACACAUAUACCUACCCGAUCAGCCAGAUCAAAAAGGAGGGACUCGGUGAGGAUCUUGCAGUGGCCAUUGACGGACUCAAGAACGGGGGUACGCCGGCUAUUCAUGGAUACAAGCGAGGACCGGUCUGGGCUGAUGCCGUCAAGGCAUAUUUGCGAGACGAUAAAUAG